AUGAGCUACAUAGUUGGCGAACAGUUGAUGGCCGAGUGGUAUCCGGAUAACCUUUCCAACCCUGACACAGUCAAACUGGCCAUGCCGGCGUGUGAAGCGCUGGAAGUUCGGCCGAAACUUGAGGAGUGCGCACCCCAGGCACCAGAACUAGAUGAACCACCCGCCGGCAAUCAAUGGCGUAAGGACGAUGCCGGCGAACCCUGCUCGGAGGUGCCCGGACGUAGGUGGCUGAACCAAGCGCCGUGGAAGAAGCAAUUGGCGACAUGGCGAGCUGGGAAGGAUUACACGUAG